GGACGACAGCAGUCGGGUCCCAGGCGCGCGCCGGCGUCCGGCGCCUCCGGCAGCUGCCGUUCGGCGGAUUAAGUCCGCCCGUGCGGACCAUGAAACCCUGGGGCACGCCCCUCCGGAGGCUGUUAUUCGAGACAAUCUAGUUUUCCUGUAUACAUCUCUGAAGACACUUAUGAAGUUUCUUGUUCUGAAAUCGCCGUACUGCAAUGAAGAAAAGGAGAAAGGUUACUUCACAUCUUGAUGAGAAGAUCCAUCUAGGCUAUCAUAAAGGUUCUUCGGGAGGAAAUGUGGCAGUGGAGUGCGACCAAGUGACCUACGCUCGUUCUGCAGAAAGGCCAACUCCUGAGGCUCUUCGCUGUUAUCAGGAACUUCCUCCCUCUCCAGAUCAGAGAAAGCUUUUGAGUUCCUUGCAGUAUAAUAAGAAUUUGCUGAAAUAUUUAAAUGAUGACAGGCAGAAGCAACCAUCUUUCUGUGAUUUACUUAUCAUAGUAGAAGGGAAAGAAUUUAGUGCCCAUAAGGUCGUGGUUGCUGUUGGCAGUAGUUAUUUUCAUGCAUGUUUGAGCAAAAAUCCAAGCACAGAUGUUGUCACCCUGGAUCACGUAACACAUUCAGUUUUUCAGCAUUUGCUUGAAUUUCUUUACACAUCGGAAUUUUUUGUGUACAAAUAUGAAAUACCUCUUGUUUUAGAGGCUGCAAAAUUUUUGGACAUUAUAGAUGCAGUGAAGCUGCUAAAUAACGAAAAUGUUGCCACUUUUCAGUCGGAGCUAACUGAAAAGGCAUCACCAGAAGAAACACUGAAUGAAUUAACUGAAAGACUGUCACAUAAUCAUCAGUGCAAAUUCUGUAGUAGACAUUUUUGUUAUAAAAAGUCUUUAGAGAAUCAUUUGGCUAAAACUCAUAGGUCCCUUUUGUUAGGGAAAAAACAUGGGUUAAAAAUGCUGGAGCGAAGUUUUUCCACAAGAAGAUCAAAAAGGAAUCGGAAGUGCCCUGUUAAGUUUGAUGACACUAGCGAUGAUGAACAGGAAAGUGGUGAUGGGUCAGACAAUUUGAAUCAAGAAAAUUUUGAUAAGGAAAAGUCAGAUAGAAAUGAUUCUGAAGAUCCUGGAAGUGAAUAUAAUGCUGAAGAAGAUGAGCUAGAGGAGGAAAUGUCAGAUGAAUACUCUGACACUGAAGAACAAAGUGAAAAAGAUCAUAAUGAUGCAGAAGAAGAACCUGAGGCUGGUGAUUCUGUAGGAAAUAUUCAUGAGGGGUUGACACCAGUAGUCAUUCAGAACAGUAACAAAAAAAUAUUGCAAUGUCCUAAAUGUGAUAAAACAUUUGACCGAAUAGGGAAAUAUGAGAGCCACACCCGUGUUCACACAGGUGAGAAGCCCUUUGAGUGUGAUAUUUGUCACCAGCGAUAUUCAACAAAGUCUAACCUAACUGUUCACAGAAAGAAGCACAGUAAUGAAACAGAAUUUCAUAAGAAGGAGCACAAGUGCCCUUACUGUAAUAAACUUCAUGCAAGCAAGAAGACUUUAGCCAAGCAUGUUAAGAGGUUUCAUCCAGAAAAUGCACAAGAAUUUAUUUCCAUUAAGAAGACUAAGAGUGAAAGUUGGAAAUGUGAUAUUUGUAAGAAAUCUUUUACCCGAAGACCACACUUGGAGGAGCAUAUGAUUCUGCAUUCUCAAGAUAAGCCCUUCAAGUGCACCUAUUGUGAGGAGCAUUUCAAAUCACGGUUUGCACGGUUAAAGCAUCAAGAAAAGUUCCAUCUGGGUCCUUUUCCAUGUGAUAUAUGUGGUCGCCAGUUUAAUGACACUGGAAAUUUGAAACGCCAUAUAGAAUGUACUCAUGGUGGAAAGAGAAAAUGGACUUGCUUUAUCUGUGGAAAAUCAGUCCGAGAAAGAACUACUUUGAAAGAACAUUUGAGAAUCCAUAGUGGAGAAAAGCCUCAUCUUUGUAGUAUCUGUGGACAAAGUUUUCGUCAUGGAAGUUCAUACAGACUUCACUUACGAGUCCAUCACGAUGAUAAAAGAUACGAGUGUGAUGAAUGUGGAAAAACAUUCAUUCGUCAUGACCACCUUACGAAGCACAAAAAGAUACAUUCAGGUGAAAAAGCUCAUCAGUGUGAAGAAUGUGGGAAAUGUUUUGGUCGCAGGGAUCAUCUCACUGUUCAUUACAAAAGUGUACACCUUGGAGAGAAAGUGUGGCAAAAAUAUAAAGCAACAUUUCAUCAAUGUGAUGUUUGCAAGAAAAUUUUUAAAGGCAAAUCAAGUCUGGAAAUGCAUUUUCGGACACAUUCAGGUGAAAAACCAUACAAAUGUCAAAUUUGCAAUCAGUCUUUUAGAAUUAAGAAAACAUUAACAAAACACCUGGUUAUUCAUUCUGAUGCCCGACCUUUCAACUGUCAGCACUGCAACGCAACAUUUAAGCGGAAGGACAAGCUGAAAUACCACAUUGACCAUGUGCAUGAGAUAAAAUCUCCUGAUGACCCUCUCAGUGCUUCUGAGGAAAAACUCGUAUCUUUGCCAGUGGAGUACUCAUCCGAUGAUAAAAUCUUCCAGACAGAAACAAAACAAUAUAUGGACCAGCCCAAGGUUUACCACUCGGAAGCCAAGGCCAUGCUCCAGAACGUGUCUGCUGAAGUCUGUGUCCCGGUGACGCUGGUCCCAGUGCAGAUGCCUGACGCUCCCGGUGACCUGGUGCGUCACACGACCACACUCCCGCCGUCCUCCCACGAGCUCCUGUCACCACAGCCACAGGCCACCGACUAUCCGCGGGCAGCUGAUUUAGCUUUUCUGGAAAAAUACACUCUCACUCCUCAGCCUGCAAAUAUAAUUCAUCCAGUCCGACCUGAACAGAUGCUAGAUCCUAGAGAGCAGUCGUACCUUGGAACAUUGCUGGGCCUUGAUAGCACUGCUGGUGUUCAGAGCAUUUCUGCCAGUGAGCAUCAUUCAUGAGUGAAUCUAAACAUUCCACAGACUGCUUGAUGGUUGUGUGCUAACGGUAGCCAAGAGCUGAUGGCUUUUAAAUUAGUAGGGCUGCUAUUUUUUCAUUUUCUCUAGUUUCUCAAGUCCUUAGAACAAUUUUAAAUCAAGAAAACUGUGUGUCUCUGUUUACUGAACAUAUGAAUAUUUGGACACACUGUCUGGCAUAAUAUUUGAAGUGAACAUUUUUGUGAUUUUAAAAAUUAUUUAGUGCUAAUUUUUAAUGGAUUAUCAAACUUUUCAGAAUUAUUAGCUGCUGACAUUAUGGAUUUUUUUUUUUUAAAUCAUCAGUGGACAUGUUUGUUCUCCUUUAGUCUCGUUCCUCUCUUUUCCCUUCUCCAUCUUACAAACAAGGUUAAGACGCAUGUAGCCUUUAAAAAGGAAUUGUAAGAAUGUACUGAUGAUUGCACCUGUCCUUAUUCUACCUUUAGAUUAUUAUUAUUUCAUCCAGGUUUUUAAAUCAAAAUUAGGAAUUUGAAUUUAUAAGAAAGUCUUAGAUACUUCUAUGUUGUCUUUCCAUCUGUCCGUAAUCUUAGAUCUCAUUAUCCUUUGGAUUUCUGACAAACUCAAAGCCAGAAAGCUAACUAAUGUAAGAUUAGCUUGUUAAGUGUAGACUGAAGUAAUUAUCUAGAUAAUUGGUUUUGGCCUAUACUUCAAUUUUUAUGAAUAAGAAAGGCAAAAGGUCUAGACAUUAAAUCAUAGAACUUGAAAUGUGUUAAAAGAAAAAUAUGACAAUUUUAACUAGAUGUCUUUCAAGGUAAGUUUACCUGUUACACUUUGCUAUUUCUUUCAGAAACAGUAACACUAUUUCACAGCAUAUAUCUUCAUCUCACUAAGGAAGGGACAAUUAAAACUAAUUAAUGAAAUUUAAUUAAACAUGCUACUUUUGGUUUCAUUUACUUUGGAUGAUAGAAACUCUGGGAAACAGAGCCUAGAUAUUUCAUGUAUAAUUGUUAGAAAAGGUGCCAAACAAAUUAUAAAAUUUGUGUCUAGUUUAACUCAAUGCUGUUUAAUCAAAUGGAACCACUACUUGUACACAGAUUUACAUGUACUCUAGAUCUUUAUUUUUGCUUUCACAUAAGACUAAUGUGAGUAACUAUCCUUGAUUUUUAUUUUUGUACAGCAGUUGAGGACUUGGUGAAAGGAAAUAGCAGUUACAGCAAAACCUCACUAAUUACAAUUAAUUGAGGAAAAAGUCAGAAUUAUAAGAUACCUUUGAAGACAUGCACUUUCCAUAUUUUCAAGUCAAUUUUAACUUAAACUAAUAUAAUGUUUCCUAAUAGAGUUGCUUGAGGGUUAGAUUAGGCAGGGUUCAUUUAUUACUAGCAUGUCAUUUGUAUAUAGACUACUAGAAAAUAGCAGUUUUAAAAGUUUUCUUUUUCAGUUUUGUUUACACUCCUAAUUGCUUUAAGCACUUUUUUUGUGUAAACUGUAAAGUCUGGCCCGGCCCUUGUGAAAAAAAAAAAAAUCACAAAUAAAAUAAUGAAGUUUUAAUGAAUAAAGUUUAACCAGUUAGUAAUGGGGGAAACCGUUCGCUGAAGCACUUAAGAAGUGAAGGUACUUUACAGGAACGUUUGCAAUACUAGCGAAGAUAACACAAAGUGGAAAAAUGCUGAGAACUGAGGCAGUAAACCAAAGUAGCUCAUAUAAAUAAUAAAACCAACCUGAGUUUUGUCUCAUUUAUCAAGGUUUGGUUGUAAUUAUCUUAAAACCAGUAGACAUAAUUGCUGUAUUCUUGUUAAGGCAUUCUUAUUUGCUGUGUGUGGAAAUGUUAUACCUGGGUACUUACAUGGUUGAACUUGACCAUAUGAGGUACUGUUAGUCUGUUAGUCUUUCAGAUUGAUUUUUAAAAAUGCAUAUGUUUAUGAUUUUUAUCAUACACUGACAAGAUUAUAACUAAAAAUCUUAGUAUAAUGAGAAGAAAUCAUACCUAAAAAUGUACCUUGCCUUAUAUAUAAGCUAAUGUAGAAAAGUCUGGACUUGUGAGAGGGCAAAUGGUAUAUAUAUACAUGUAUGUAUAUGGCAUAUUAUACAUUUGGUGGGAGAAAAAGAGGAUAUUGCAUUUUCACAUUGAAAAGAAUACUUCGCUUUUUGAAGGUAUUUACUCUAAGGUUCUUUUAAUAAUAAUGUCCUAACGCUUUAGAUAUAUGAUUUAAUUGUAGGAGUUGGUUUACAUAGAACUUUUCUGGAAUACAUCUCUUACGAAAAGUGAAGUAUGAUUAUAUAAUUGUUUUUAGUUACUAUUGUAGACAACUUAAACUCGAGCGGUGAUUUACUGUUUUAUAAAAUGCUUUCACAUAUGUUAUCUCAUUCAGACCUCAUAACCAGCUCUGACAUAGAAAGGACAUGCUGUAUUCCCAUUUGAGAGAUAAGGAGUCUGAGGUUCAGGUAAAAGGACUCACUGGAGCUCAUGUGGUCGCCAGGCGGCAGAGCUGUUUGUGGGGAAGGAAGAAGCUGGCAUUAACGAACGCUUGUUCUGUGCCGGGCCCGGCAUUCUCUCAUUUCAUCUUAACCCCGUCUGAGAAGUAGGUGAUGUGGUUCUUAUGAAGAAAUAGUUUCAGUGGGUGAACAAAAAAAGAAAAAACAAAACAAAACUAACCUGCUGCCUCUAAUUCCCAAAAAUAGAAGAAAUUUUAAAAUUGUGAAAACCUCAUGGAUUUGGGCAAACUGAAUGUAUAUAAGCUUUCGAAGUUGGCACAAAAAGUAUCAGAUGAGGCCUACUCUUUUCAGUUGAUCUUUUAUAAUAUUAAUAUUUGAUUUAGAGUAUUUUGGACAAAUGCUCUGUAACUCUGAAAUCCAUUUAUUUUGUGACUGUACUUAAAAUUUUGAGUCUUGCAACUAAGUGUAGCCUCAUUCAGAAUUUUUUAUUUUAUGAGCAUAAUUUAUUGUUUUAAAUUAAUUUUUUAGCAGAUAGCAGUUAGCACUUAAUCUAUAAAUUGAAUAAUUUAUCAAGUGCAGAAAUUUGUUAAUCUAAUCGGUUUUGACUUAAAUGCACCAAAGAUUUUUAGUAGGUAUUAAAUAGUUUAAAAGAAUUUAAAUUCUUUGUUGUUUGAAUAAAUAUUUGUCCAAAGAAGCACAGUUGAAGUCCUAGAAUAAUGGAUUUUUUUAAAAAAAAUUGUUAGUUUGAAUACUGAGAUUAAGUAUUAAGUGUUUGUGUUUAUAUGUAUAAAAAUAAGAGCAGAAUACUCUGGGAAUAGUCAUUAAAAACCAGUUACAAGUAAGAAUACUCAGUUUUCCUCAGUUUAGUUAAUUAACAUGUUUUUAGUGAACACUAUUAAAUGCUGAAUAAUAAGCUUAUUUUUUACACUACACUGUCAAAAUAAUUUUUGCCUUAGAUAUUUUUUAAGUCAAGUUGAGAUUAUUUUUGUAAGAAACCCCACCUAUUUUUUGCAGCCUAAAAUGCCAUUUAGGGUUUGGUCUUUAUGCCAGCAAGAUUUAACCAACAACUGUAAGGGUAGUGGUCUUUGCAUACAUUUAAAUAAUCUGGACAUUUAUUGCUGGAAGAAGAGUAGCAAAAAUAGCGUUUUUAAUUGGUGCUUUAUUAAGUGACUUCCUUUUAAGUUACAGUACGUCAUGAAACAGGUACACUAAUAAUCUUCUAUCAGUCUUAGAAAGCGUCAGAACAUCUUUGUAGGAUAACUAUAAAUUGUUAAGGGCUAAUAAGUAAUUAUCAUUUAUUGCCUUUCACUGUAUAAUUGCAAACAAAUUAAAAAUACAGUUAAACUGGUACGCUUACAUGUUUGAGUUUUCUUCCAUCCACAUCACUCUAACAUAUCACUGAUGAAAAGUCAGAUUUGUCAGAUUUUGAGCAUUAGCUCUUCGACAGUGCGCUUUCAUAGACACUCUGCUCCGAAUCAAAUGCUUUGUGCCUUUUCAGUGAUUUUGCUGGCUAGAUUAUACUGGUUAAUAAUUUUUUUUUUUUUGGUUGUGGGUCUUAUGUUUGUGUGCCUGCUGGUUGGGCAACGUUUUUUUAGUUUGCUUUAUGUUUAUAUAGAGGCAAAUUGGUGUACUAAGUACUAGUGUGAACAUUUGUUUUUAUUUAUAAUUUUUAAAAUCUCUAUUGUGGCCUUUAUAGUUACUGUGAAGCCACUCCUGGGCCUGUCUCUAGAUGAUUAGAGGAAUCUGACAAAAUGAAAUAAGAGUAGUGUAUUUGCAUCUCUGUCUGUCCCUCUCUCUCUCUCUCUCUCUCUCUCUCUCUCUCUCUCUCUCUUAAAUAACCAGUUGUGUAACCGUAACCACACAGUUCUGCACUGAAUGACUUCUUAUUUCAGUUUGCCUAAAACUGAACAAGAGGUGAUGGUUUGAGAUGAGUUUCUCAUUAGGAGCAGCAACAUCCCAACCAGUGUAUAACUUGAGUUGAUGAACUCAGGAAAAAUUAGGACUUUCAAACAAAGUUGUAUUAGAAUAUUCUAAGAUUCAGUGCCAAAUUUAAAAUAACUAUGUAUUCUUUAAUAAGGAACAAGUAGCAUUUCUAAAACUUUAAGUAGUGUUAUGGCAAAUGUUACUUGCUGUUAGAGUGAAUAAUGGAUAAUGUAAGAAUAAUUUUUUUAACAAUCUCUAGGAACUAGACAACACUUCCUUAGAUCCUACCCUUUUGCACAUUUCUCUCCUGGUAUAGUUUGUAGUGUUUUGGGGGGGAUCCCCUCCUUAUUUCCUCUAAAAUUAUUUGACUUCAGAUACUGUCUCCCUAUGAUGUUAACAUGUUUUCUACUCUUUCUCUUUGGAAGUAGCAUUAGUAUGAUAGAAAUGAUAGGACAAAGUUAUGUGGAAGAUGAGAGAGGUUUUGGUAGAGAGAGUGCUUAUGUUUUGCUUACUCUUCAUGCUCCAACUUGCUGUGUAUGAUUCUUGAAAAAUCCCAAAACAACUUAAAUUUACCCUGUGAAGCCAAUUAUAUAAAGAGAAAUUAAGGAUUAUAUUCAGAGCUAGAGGUUAUACAAAGAAUAUAACCUCUUCUUUUUUUUUCCAAAUUCUUAGGUAAAGAAAAGUAAUAUCAGUGUUUGCAUUACUGUUGGAGAUUAUAAAACAUUGCUUGCAUAAAGAGCAUGUACACAACUCAUUGUUAUUGCACCUCUUUGCUUGGUAUUUCUGCUUGCAGUAAAGUUGGACAAUGUACUGUGGUAUAAUUAUAACAUUUUAUUCCUUCCAACAAUCAGACUCUUCUUAUCCCUUUAGAUAAACCUGUAUUACAGUUGAUGAGGACGGCUGCCAAAAAAUGGUACAAAGCUGGGCAUUUAGCUCCUCCAUCUGUGUAGUAAAUGUUCUGAUUAAGGGGAUUUAUGAACUAUGUUAGAGUAUAAAUGCUUUUGAACUUGUUUUCAGUCUCAAAUCAUAAUUUUGGUUUUUAAUUAAGGAUACUUUUUAAAACAGUUACGAAGAAAAAUCUAAAAUAUCAAAAUUCAUUAUUGUCAACUGUGUGUAAAGUAUCUUGUGAAUUUUAUAGAUAUUUUGGUUGUCUCAUGUUUCUUAAAUACAAAUGUCUUUAUAGAAAAAUUCAGUUCUCUGUGAAGAAUAGGAAGUGUAUUGUAUAUUGAACUAGUUCUUUGUGUUAUUUUGAUAUUUAAAAUAAAUAUAAAGUCCUUUGGUCCUACUA